ACCUGGGCCAGCUAAUGCCAGGGCUGACUUGGCCCACUGUCAGCAUGGCUCAUGGCACAAGGAAUCCUGGGCCCAAGUGUUGACAAGGCGACUGGAACCCUCCUGUACAAUGUGGCGUCCCGGCUUAAGGACCAAAAACGUCUUCGUUUCCUUGUGGGCUACGUCACCAGCAAGAAGAUUGUCACAGACUUGCAGCUAAGUGCUGCCCUGGAGUACGUGCGGAGCCACCCUCUGGACCCCAUCGACACGGCAGACUUUGAGCAGGAGUGUGGAGUGGGGGUGGUCGUGACCCCAGAGCAGAUAGAGGAGGCUGUGGAGGCAGCCGUUAACAAGCACCAAGCCGAGCUACUGUCGGAGCGGUACCGCUUUAACAUGGGGCUGCUGAUGGGUGAGGCACGUGGCAGGCUGAGGUGGGCAGAUGGCAAGAGCAUUAAGAACGAAGUGGACCUGCAGGUGCUGCACUUGCUGGGCCCAAAGACAGAAGCUGACCUGGAAAAGAAACCAAAGGCUGGGAAGGCCAAGCCGGCCGAGGCGGAGAAGCAGCAGAAGGCAGCGGAGGAGGAGAACGGUGGAGUGACCCUGGAAACAAAGUCGCUGAUGGAGCAACUGAGGGGAGAAGCCCUCAAAUUCCACAAGCCAGGUGAGAACUACAAGACAGAAGGCUACGUGAUCACGCCGCACACCAUGGCCUUGAUGAAGCAACACCUGGAGAUCACUGGCGGGCAGGCCAAUGGGGGCGUGUGCUUCCUGCGGUACGAUGACACCAACCCCGAGAAGGAGGAGGAAAAGUACUUCACCGCCAUCCGGGACAUGGUGGAGUGGCUGGGCUACAAGCCGCAUGCCGUGACGCAUGCCUCAGGCUACUUCGACCAGCUGUACGUGUGGGCCGUGGAGCUCAUCCGGCGGGGCCACGCCUACGUCUGCCAUCAGCGAGUGGAAGAAAUCAAAGGCCACAACCCUCCACCCUCUCCGUGGCGGGAUCGGCCCAUGGAAGAGUCACUUCUCCUCUUUGAGGUACGUGGGCCUGGCAAAGGGACCCCACGCCCCGCUGGGCGACCCCCCCCCUCGGUGACCCCUACCCCCUGCUGGGUGACUGCCCCACCCCCUCAGGGCUGCUGUUGGAAGGGGGGGCGCGGGCGCCGGUGUCGAAAGGGGGGGGCAGCGGGUGCCGGCAAGUGGCUGGUGUCGGAAGGGGGGGGCAGCGGGUGCCGGCGAGGGGCUGGUGUCGGAAGGGGGGGCGCGGGCGCUGGUGAGGGGCUGGGUGUCCAGCCCUCAGGCCCUGCCUUGCCUUUCAGGUGCAUCUACCCCACGUACGACUACACGCACUGCCUGUGCGACUCCAUUGAGCACAUCACCCACUCGCUCUGCACCAAAGAGUUCCAGGCCCGGCGUUCCUCCUACUUCUGGCUGUGUAAUGCGCUGGGCGUGUACUGCCCUGUGCAGUGGGAGUACGGGCGCCUGAACCUGCUCUACACUGUGGUGUCCAAGAGGAAGAUCAUCCGGCUGGUGGAGGCGGGCGCUGUCAGGGACUGGGACGACCCGCGGCUCUUCACGCUGACGGCCCUGCGCCGCCGAGGUUUCCCCCCCGAGGCCAUCAACAACUUCUGUGCGCGGGUAGGGGUGACAGUGGCGCAGACGACAAUGGAGCCCCACCUGCUGGAGGCGUGUGUGCGGGAGGUGCUGAACGAGCGUGCCCCCCGCGCCAUGGCUGUGCUGCAGCCCCUCCGAGUCAUCAUCACCAACUUCCCCACCCAGAAGGCCCUGGAAGUUUUUGUGCCCAACUUCCCAGCCAACGAGACCAAGGGCUUCCACAAAGUCCCCUUCCAGGCCACCAUCUACAUCGAGCAGAGCGACUUCAGGGAGGUGAGUGACAAAGGCUACAGGGCGCUGGCACACGGCCAGCCAGUGGGACUACGGACACACCGGUACGUUCAUGCUGUCCAGGAACUGUCUCAAGAUGCUGGCGGGCAGGUGAUGGAGCUGGAGGUGACCUGCACCAAGUCGGACACUGCAGAGAAGCCCAAAGCCUUCAUCCACUGGGUGUCAGAGCCACUGGUCUGCGAGGUGCGGCUCUACGAACAGCUGUUCUUGCACAAAAACCCCGAGGACCCUGCAGAGGUGCCAGCUGGGUUCUUGAGUGACCUCAACCCCGACUCGCUGCGCAUCAUCACUGGCGCCCUGGCUGACAGAUCCGUCUGCUCCGCCAAGCCCCUGGACAAGUUCCAGUUUGAGCGGCUGGGUUACUUCUCGGUGGAUCCCGACAGCUCGGAGGGGAAGAUGGUGUUUAACCGGACGGUGACGCUGAAGGAGGAUCCCGGCAAGAUGUGACGGAGCCACUGCUGCCGCCUUGGGCCUGGGCACAGCCAGAGCCAUCGUUCUGGUACGGGGAGACUGCAACCCAGGAACAAGGGCCCAGCCCUCGCCCGUGGGCCACAGCUGCCUUAACCCAGGGCUCACGGGGCUGGCACAUCUCACCGCAAUAAACGAACAUUGGAGCUGCC